AUGGAUCGCUACCAGAAGAUCGAGAAAGUCGGCGAAGGAACCUAUGGUGUCGUGUACAAGGCCAAGGAUGUCGGGUCGGGUCAGAUAGUCGCACUAAAGAAGAUCAGGCUAGAGGCAGAGGAUGAGGGUGUGCCCAGUACGGCCAUCCGCGAGAUCAGCCUGCUCAAGGAGCUGAAGAACGAGAACAUCGUCCAGCUGCUCGACAUCGUGCAUGCGGAUCAAAAACUGUACCUCGUAUUUGAGUUCCUCAACGUCGACCUCAAGCGGUACAUCGAGACGGGAAAUCAAAAUCGUACGCCCAUUUCUCUGCAGAUCGUCAAGAAAUUUACUCAUCAGUUGAAUUCGGGUCUUUUGUAUUGUCACUCGCACCGUAUCCUCCAUCGCGACUUGAAGCCUCAGAACCUUCUCAUCGACAAGCGGGACAAUCUAAAACUCGCUGAUUUCGGUCUGGCGCGAGCUUUUGGUAUUCCUAUGAGAACGUACACCCACGAGGUUGUCACUUUGUGGUACCGCGCUCCCGAGGUCCUCCUCGGUUCUCGCCACUACUCGACCGCGAUCGAUAUGUGGUCUGUUGGCUGUAUCUUUGCCGAGAUGGCCAUGCAAGGAGUGCCUCUCUUCCCCGGCGAUUCAGAAAUCGAUCAAAUCUUCAAGAUUUUCAGGAUCUUGGGGACGCCGAACGAGGAGGUCUGGCCUGGGGUUGGCAGUCUGCCCGACUACAAGACGUCGUUCCCUCAGUGGUCGCGCCAGGACAUUGCACGUAUCGUGAAUACGCUAGACGAAGCAGGCCUAGAUUUCCUGAAGCGCGUCCUCGCAUAUGACUCUGCGAGGCGCAUCUCUGCAAAACGCGCCCUGCAGCACCCUUAUUUCGCCGACUACAACCCAUUAGCAUAA